CAGACUUUCUUCCCUGUAGGGGUCUGUAAUAGCCAGUGAUGCACUAUCCAGUGGUCUCAUCUAUUGCAUAUUGUCAUCUCAUUUGAAGAACAAAGCUUGUUGGGGUUGCAUCGAGGGCAGAUUGGACACGCCUUAAAGACAGACAUUGGCAGGAUGGAGAAUCUUUUACUCCUCCUUUUCUCCUUCAUAGCUUCUUCUUACUGUCAAUCUGUACCUGUGAUUGUCUCUGCUUUGGUAAACGUGAGAGAAGAUGUUCCUGUAGGUGGUUUUGCGUUUCAAAUUGAAGCGUAUGAUCCAGACGAUGACCCUCUAACAUAUGAUAUCACGGGAACAAAUGCUAUUCAUUUUGACGUCAACAAACAGACCGGGGAAGUCACGAUCAAGAGACAGCUGGACAGAGAGUUAAAUGGCCUCCUUUACGUAGACGUUGUGGUGAAUGACGGUGUUUAUGCAGAUGAGAUAAAAACUGUUUAUGUUGCUGUUGAAGAUGCAAAUGACAAUGCACCAGUUUUCCUUAAUCUGCCAUACAACUUGGAGUUUGGGGAGGAUACAACUGUUGGCAGUACACUCUUUACAGCAAAUGCCAUAGAUGCUGAUUUUGGCACGGCCUCCAUUGUGUACUUCAAUAUUGAUGAAGUAGUGCCGAAUGACGGGGCUGAUCUAUUUUCAAUAUCUAAGACGGCUGGACACGUUGUCCUGCAGGGACGUUUCAGCUUUAAUUAUAGAAGUCCUUUCUAUCAGAUCCGAAUAAAUGCAAGUGAUGGUGGUGGGAAAUGGAAUAAUGUAACAGUGAUUCAGUCCUCCACUACAAUUGCAUUCAUCACAAUUAAAGAUGUACCAGACCUUGACCCACAGUUUCUGAAUUUACCUAACAUUGCCUCUAUUGAUGAGAAUUCUCCCAUGGGCACGUCAGUCUUUACUGUGAGAGCCAGAGAUCCAGAUACUGGAGUCAAUGACGCCAUCCGCUACAACAUUGAAAAUACUAAUGCACCUGACCUGUUCCAAAUCAAUGAGAAUGAUGGUGAAAUAACUGUCAAAACUGAAUUUGACCGUGAGAUUUUAUUGCAAAUAGAUGCUGUUGUAGAAUUGAAAAUAAAGGGAAGUGAGACAAACCCUAAUGUUGACGGAGUUAUAGCUAGCACGGUACAAGAUCUACAGAUUGCUAUUGGAGAUGUAAAUGAUAAUGGGCCAGAUUUUUAUGAUUGUGGAGAUGAAUGCAUCCCAAAAAACAGUUUCAUGGGUAAUGUUGAUGAGAACUCAUCUGCAGGAGUGGCUGUGGCUGGCCUGGAUAUCAGAGUCAAAGAUCCAGACCAGGGAGCAAACAGUAGGUUCAAUCUUCGUGUUGAGGGUCCAGAUAUGGAUGCUUUCUCUGUCAUUCCCAGCUCUGGGGUGGGAGACGGUGUUGUACAACUGACAAUAAGAGAUCCAACUGCUGUUGAUUUUGAGAAAAAGACAAUAAUGUCAGUGCAGAUUGUUGCUACAGAUGCCAGUUCUAAUGUCUCCUCUGUAGCCAUUGUCACCAUUAACAUCAAUGAUGUAAACGACAACGUCCCUAAGUUUGAGGAGGAAUUUUAUGACUUCCCUGUUAACGAACAUUGUGAAAAUGGAAUUAUUGUGGCUACCAUUACAGCAACAGAUGACGAUGCCUUGGAUGAUGGAAAGAUCACUUACAAACUGUUGCCGGACAGCAUCCUGACAUUCUUUGACGUCUAUGAGAAUAAUGGAAAUGUGUAUGUUAAAAAUGGAGAUCUUCUUGACUGGGAGGGCACCAAUGCCUAUACACUCACCCUGCAAGCCAGAGAUUCAGAAGGCAAGAUUGGUACCACUGUUGUGGUGAUCAACAUUCAGGAUAUUAAUGAUCAGACACCAGAGAUGAACAGAGAAGUUUACAAUGCUUUUGUGCAAGAAGAUGAAAGCUUGAUGCUUAUAAUACAGGCUAGAGAUGGCGACAAACCUGAAACACCAAACAGCCAAAUCCAGUAUCAGAUUGAGGACAGCUCUUUCAGUUGCAACUUCACCAUAGACCUGCACUCUGGUUUGCUAGAGAACAAGGGUCUGUUGGACCGUGAAGCCAUUGACUUUGAGAUGAAUGGUGUGAUUGUGUUGAAGGUGAUUGCUUCAGACAUGGGCACGCCAUCCCUGUCCUCAACAGCCACAGUCAGCAUCAACAUUGGGGAUGUCAAUGACAACUAUCCAGAAUACCUGGAUCCUGAUUAUACCUUUUACGUGAAGGAAAGUGAAGGAGGCAUAUUAGUUGGUUCUGUCCGGGCUCAUGAUGCCGACCAAACAGACUUCAACAACCGCAUCUUCUUCAACAUCAUUGGUGGUAGUUUUGGAAGUUUUAUUUUAUUUUCUGAGCCUUACAGUGAAGGCUACAUGGGUGACAUCAAAGUGGAUCCCGCCAUAGAGCUGGACUAUGAAAGUGACCACAAGACUUACACUCUGAAGGUUGAGGCCUUGGACUUGGGUCAGAACAAGGCUGUGACCACAGUUGAAGUGGUGGUGGAGGACGUUAAUGAUACUCCACCUGUGUUCCCAUCUGGUUUGACCCUGAAUGUUAAAGAGAACACCAGCCUUCCUGAGGCACUGAGCACAAUCAAAGGCUCUGAUGCGGACACUCACCAUUUUCUUCAAUAUGAUCUUGUUUCUACUGAAUGCCAAUGCAGUGCUUCCAGAGGGCCGUGUCCCGAUGAGUGGUUCAAAGUUGAGCUUAAUGGUGAUGUGAUAGUAAAUCCUAUCUACAUUAUCGACUAUGAGAAAUGUGAUCAAGUGUUCUUGACUGCUAUGGUGGUAGAUCUUUACACGGAGAAGGGAAGGAACACCACUGAAGGGGUUAUCUCUAUUAAUAUUGAGGAUAUCAAUGACAAUGCACCAAAGUUCACCACACUGCAGGAAUUCUAUGUUGUACUCCUGGAAAGAGUUGAGAAAGGCUCAUCUGUUGCCAAAGUUUAUGCCCAAGACAGAGACAAAGGAGUCAAUAGGAAAACUGACUUUAAAGUGUUAAAGGUGGAGUAUGUCAGUGGUGAUGUGACUGUCCCACAGGAUGUGUUUUUCUAUGCUGACUCUGGAGUUCAGGAAGAUUCUUCAGGACUUUUCAGUACAGAUAUACGGUCCCAGAAGUCACUAGACAGUAGCCAGAAGGGAAAGUUUAUGGUGGAGGUGCAAGCAUGCAACCCUGAUGCUGAGGUCAAGCUCUGUGCCACCUCUGUGAUUGAGCUUCUCACAGUUGACAGAUCCUUCAGGGUGAGUCUCAGGUUUAGGUCAUCAGUAUCUGAAGUCAAUGAAAAUUUACCUCAGAUCAGAGGGGUUCUGGCAGGUGCUACAAAAGUAACAGUACACAUCUUUAAUGUGUUUAUUGAGACGAAUUCUCAAAGAGCUGAUGAGGUUACCGUUUUGGAGGCUUACUUUGUAUUUCCAAAUGGCACGGCUCUUGACUAUGAUGAAGUGAACAAAAUCCUGAAUUCAGAGGAAGUUUAUAAGGAAUAUGGAGUUAUACUAUCUCAGUUUGGAUUUACUGGCAUUUCAACAAUCGUUGGUGAUCAAAAAGAAGUCAAGAUUGAGGUAUUCAUCAUGAUUGGUUUGGGGGCCGCACUGGGGAUCGUUCUGUUUGUGACAACAACAUCACUUGUGUGCAUCAGAAGAAACUACAAGAGGAAACUCAAGGCAGCCAAAGCUAUGAACUCAGCAUCUGCAGUGGUAAUAGAGAAUCAGAAGACUGGGCCUGUCGUACCUGGAACCAACAAAUACACUAAAGAGGGAGCAAACCCAGUGCUGAAUAUGAAUAUUGACACAGCCACAGACCUUGGCUUUGAUGAAGAUGACUCCAACACAGACAGAGAGAGCCUUAAUUCCCUGGACUACAACAUUGAUAUGACCAUGACAGAGAAAGACACUAUGCCAAUGAUGGUAAUUGAGGAAGAAGAGGAGGAAGAUGAGAGUGAAUCUCCUUACAUUGAGCCUUUGGGUACUGCAUUAGCCCAGCGGGAGAGAAAGAGAGAUUCAGAAAACCAUUCCAUGAGCACCACAGACCUCUAACCUCCACCUGACUGCCAUUUGUUGUAU